UUGAUGCCAAACAGCACCUGGAGCACAAAGGGAACCAUGCCUGUGCCCAAGAAAGCUGGAAGGAAAAACAGCAGCGCUCAAGAAGAAAAGCUGCCGCCAUAUGAGCCCAAUGUCCCUGAACCCACCACCAGAGCUGACUUCAUGAAAUAUUGGAUCCCCAUCACUCUGGAUGAUAAAACUGCACAGAAGCUGCUGUGGAUUUCAGAGGGUGGUUCAAAGGUGGCUCGUACAUCCGAUGCAGUCUGCCCAUAUCCCAACAGACCUGAGAGAUACGAACACUCCCCACAGGUCCUGUGUAAGGAGAAUUUGCUGGGUCAUCGGGGGUACUGGGAGGUGGAUUAUGAUGGCUGGGUUGUGAUCGGGGUGGUCUGUGACAGCGCACCCAGGAAGGGCCAGGAUGGGCCCUGCGGCCUUGGAGAGAACAACGGCUCCUGGGGUGUCGGUUGGUCAGGCGCCUGCUACCAAGUGUGGCACAACGGCGAGAAUGUGGACAUCACGCUCCCCAAGACUUCAAAGAUGGGCGUCUACGUGGACCAGCCAGCUGGCAUCAUCAAGUUCCUCGUGGUGGAGGGCGAGGACGAGAUGGAGGUGCGGCUGAUUCACAAGUUUAAGGCCAGCAUCCAGGAGAAGAUCUACCCUGGGUUCUGGGUCGGAACAAAUUCGUUCGGCCUUAUUCGGAAAAAGGACCAGUGACACAGCAGAGGGUUUAGAACGUGUGUACAUUUAAAAGUUGUUAAGAGGGAAAUGAAAAGGUUGUGAUGUUUGGGGAACAAGUGUUGGGAGUUGUAAAGCACCGUGAUAUAUCUUUGGAGGUUGUGUUUGCUUUCUCUGGUGCAUGAAGAAAGCAUUUUUAUUUCAUAUUAUAUCCAAAGAUGUCUAACUAUUUUAUUAACGACUGUUUAUCAAUUUAUAUUUAACUUAAAAUUGUAGGCAAGGUCUUGUUUUUGUGACACUUAAGGGUUUUCAAGUAAGUAGAAUGCUAACUGUAUCUUUUUCAAGUGCUGAAUGGAGUCAAUAAAUGUUGCGUUGUGUAUCAUCACUGACGCUGUAAUUA